AGGUGGUGUUCACAUUGUGCUCGAAAUUAUGUCGCGGGAUUUCUGGAGUCACGCGGCCCCGGCCCAAGUGGCGGCCCCGGCCCAGGUGGCGGCCCUGGCCCAGGAGGUGGCGGCCCUGGCCAUGGAGCUGGCGGCCCUGGCCAAGGAGAACAUGCACAUGACUGCGAAACUGGCCAGGACCACGCCACUGCUCGUGGCCACGCUCUAUGCUGCGGGCGUGGUCAACGCCCGCUCCUUCCUGGGUGGGUCACCCAAGUUCCCGCGUUAGGUGGUGUUCACAUUGUGCUCGAAAUUGGUGUAGCCGAUAAGCCGUACGUGCCCAAAAUCAAUUACCGGCACAUAGAACCGACAUUUCGGCGACGUGGCGACUUUGUACUUUCCAAACUACAUAUCGGGCACGCGUAGCCGAAACACCCCCAAUC